AUGAGCGAGUUUCCGAUGAUAGCGAUCGGCAGGGAGGAGCUGCUGCUCGACAUCGACGAUUCGAGACGCGACAGGGAGGAGGAUGGCACCGAGCGAUCUCACGGCUUCCACCUGGUCCGGUCCAAGUGGGACCCUUACCCCUGGAUCGGACCGGUCGAGAAGUCCAGCAGCGCCGACGUGGCCGGACUCAGAUCGGGCGAUUGCCUCUUGGGAGUCGACGGUCGCGACGUCUUGGGUCUCGAGAUGAGCGACAUAGGCCAUCUGAUCGGUAAAAACGAUCGGGUUAAUCUGAGCGUUUGGCGACGUCCAGGCAGCUCCAACGAGCCGAAUCUCGCUCGUUUCAGCGACGCCGAGCAAUCGCAGCAUCAGCAGGCCUCUGUGCUGAUGGAAGGGCCGCUGCCCGAGGUAGCCCAGAAGCUCGCGCGCGCCGUCUCCGGCAUCGUCAAAGCCCUCGAGUGUCCGGUGUGCCUGGAAAGCUCCUCGCCGCCCGUCUCCCAGUGCGUCCACGGCCACCUGCUCUGCUACGGCUGCCGCCUCAAAACGGACCGCUGCCCCGUCUGUCGGGUCCGCCUCGGCCGGGGCAGGUGUCUGCUCGCCGACAAAGUCCAUCGGCUGCUGAGCCAAGAGCUCGUUGGCGAUCGGGAGACUCGUUCGCUGCGCGACUGCAUCUUUGGGGCGCCGCCAGCUGUAACCGAUCAUUGCCCGCGUGGAAUCAACGACGAUCGGCGCCUCGCCAAAAAGCCCAGAGUCAAGCGACUGCUGGAAAAGCUCCUGUUGACCUCGUCCUCCUCGCGAGCGAUGGAAGCCGAAGCCGAGCUACUUACCGGAUCGACCGAGAGCAUCGACGGCUCCGCCGCUUCUUCGGUCGAUGGCAAUAUGCUCUACGGCAGAAGGUGGCUGCUCAAGCUGUACGACAGACGAAAAUCGGCCAGCACCGGUGAACUCGAUCGCAACAGCGUCGAUGCUGACCUCGAGACUGCCGGGAGUAACAAGACGAGCUUCACCGACUUGACGUUCAAAAGUGCAGCCGCUAGCUCUCUGCUUUGCGUGCCGCAGAUGUCUUAUUGGGGAGCUUCGACCGAGUCGAUGACCGCUUCCCGAAUUUCCUGUCCUCUCUCCUUGCUUGGACGAUGUCACCAGGUGCUCGAUUCCUCGAAUUUCAUGGAACACCUCGAAGACCAACACGACGGUCCGAUCGUGCAUUUUUACAAAAGGCGAGUCACCUUACCGUUUCCUUUUCCCUUCCAAGGAGAUGCCAUUUAUGCUUUGCAUCAGAAGGACGAUAUUUUGAUAUUACAGACGCAUGAAGAUAAGAUAUGGAUUGUUAACGCGCAAAUUGACUGUCGGACUAGGUGGGAAUGGAUGCUGCAUGUCACGUCGAUCGAUGGCAACGAAAUUCAUUUGAGAAAAGAAGUGGCUAAUUUACACGAAACUUACCAGCUUAUGUCUCAUCAAGUAGCCUCGAUACCUGAUAAUUUUGUUGUGACUUCCCUCACGGUAUCGCUUAUAGAAGUUAAUUCUAAUGAGGGUUGCGUUAAGGUUUAA